AUUUCUCAGUGUCACUUUCCAUAUAGAGAAAUACUACAAUACAAAUGUCUCUUCCAUUCACCAUCUUCUUCUUUCUCUUUGUUUCUUCUUCUCAUUCAGCUCUUCUCACUCCCAUCACAAAAGACCACUCUACCCGUCAGUACACCGUCACAUUUUACCUCAAAACCCCUCCGCAACCCACCAAUUUACUCCUCCACCUCGGCUCCUCCUUCACUUGGCUGGAUUGCACACAGAAAUACACUUCCUCCACUUACCAUUCCCUCCCCUGCAAUUCCUCACUCUGCGAAUCCCUCGACCCGCACGCUUGCUCCAACUGUUUCAACCCGCCCGCUCCGGGUUGCGCCAACAACUCCUGCGCGCUCUUCCCGGAAAACCCGGUGACUCAGCAGUCCAUCUUAGCCGAGUCCCUUGUUGACUCGCUCGCUUUGCCCACCACGGACGGUCGCAACCCGGGUCAACUCAGCCACGUGCCCGAGUUCGUGUUCUCUUGCUCCAACACGUCUUUACUCCAAGGUCUCGCCAAGGGAGUUACCGGUUUAGCCGGUCUGGGUAGAUCGAACCUGUCGCUCCCUGCGCAGGUUAGCACCGACUUCUCUUUGCCUUGCGUGUUUGCGCUGUGCCUGUCCGGUUCAGCCUCGUCACCUGGGGUUGGUUUUUUCAAUACUAAUGGGCCCUACUAUUUCUCACCCGAAAUUGACCUCUCCAAAUCACUUAUUUACACUCCACUGAUAGUAAACCCAGCCGGGAGCACCAUAAUAACCUACUUGCACCCCUCGGAUGAGUAUUUUAUAGGUGUUACUUCAGUAAAAGUCAACGGAAAGGCCGUGCAAUUGAAUGCCACACUACUGACCGUCGAUCAGAAUGGCAUCGGUGGGACCAAAAUCAGCACCGUUACUCCAUAUACUGUUUUGGAGACUUCGAUGUACAAGGCUUUUACUGAGGCGUUUGUUAGUGAAUCCGCUGGGCUGAACCUCACCGUAACAGAUGCGGUGAAGCCGUUCACCGUGUGUUACUCAGCGGCUGAUGUUUUAAGUACGCGUGUGGGACCGGCUGUUCCGACCGUAGAUCUUGUGAUGCAGAGUGACGAUGUGUUUUGGAGGAUAUUUGGAUGGAAUUCAAUGAUCAGGAUCGCAAGAAGCGAUGCUGAUGUGUGGUGUCUUGGCUUUGUGGACGGUGGGGCCAAUCCAAGGACAUCAAUCGUGAUUGGAGGGCAUCAGUUGGAGGAUAACCUUCUACAGUUUGAUCUAGGACUCAACAGACUAGGUUUCACUUCUUCAAUUCUGCCUCAUAACACCGCAUGUGCUAACUUUAACUUUACUACCAUUAAUUUCUUGAAGUGAAGUUCUUCUGUUUAA